AAAGGCUCCCAUUAUCUCUCAUUUAUUUUUUGCUGAUGAUGUGCUGUUAUUUUGUGAAGCUGAUAGUAAACAUGCCUCAUUGAUUCAGAAUUUUCUGCUAGAAUAUGGGUUAGGGUCAGGUCAAAGAAUCAAUAUGGAUAAAUCUUCCAUUUUCUUCUCCAAGAACACAACUAUUAAUAUUAGGAAUGUGAUCUGUAGUUCUUUUGUUGGGAUUUCUUGUGUAAAAAGCACUAAAUAUUUAGGACUACCAUUAGGAAUUGGGAGGAAAAAAAAAGAGAUUUUCAGAUAU